AUGCCGCUCGGAGCAGCGCCUCACCCUCCCCCCAUCUUUGUCGCGCUCCAGUGCCUGCUCGUGGCCGUCGCCGCCCCUCGCCGUUCCCGCUUUGCUCCGCCUACGGCCGCCACCGCCAUCCGCCCGCCCGCUCGUGACCCGGCCUUCCUAUGCUGCCCGCACCCCCCGGCCUGCCUACGCGCUGCGCCGUCCGCUCCACCUCGCACCGCGCCGCAGCCGCGUGCGCAUCCCCUGCCCUCCGCCCCUGCUCUGCUGUGGCUUGCUGCCGUCGCGCGCACCGCUACAGCGUCGCCCAACGCUCCUCCUGGCCCUCUCACUGGCGCGGCUCCGCCGCACCGGCCCUGCCGGGGACCACCCGCCCUGAGGCCGCCACCGGCCGCGGGAAUGGCCUCGCCGUCCCUGCGGGCGAGCGCCCUCUCGGCCUCCGCUCCGCCCUGCCCCAUUAGCCCAAACACCCGCUGCACCCACGCCCGUUAA